AUGCCGCAGCAGGUGCCGCCGCCUCACCUUCGACCUACCGCACGGCCGGUGAGCCACGUACCGCUGCCACGGUAUGCGCAGCCUGCGACGCCUGCGCCGUCUGGGACGCCUGUGCCGUCUGGGACGCCUGCGCUGUCUGGGACUCUCGCACCGUUGCAGGGUAGCGGCACAAGUAGUCCGAGGCCGAUAGUCAAGUUGCUGGGGACCCCGGGCUACUACACCAGGAAAUCGCGACCGCCCGCGCCCUCGCCCGUGCCUUCAGAGCUGCGGCUGAGAUCGCAGGUGAAGCUUGAACCUGCAGAGACGCUGGUACCAGCACAGGCACCGGCGCAGGCACAAGCAAAGGCACAACCGGCGGCACCGGUACAGGCACCAGCAGAAGCACAACCGGAGGCUCCGGCACACUCACCAACAAAGCCAGGCAUCGUGGUCAAGCUCAUGUCCCUCAACUCGACUAUCAUGGCCGCCCAGCGUGAGUGGGAGCAAGGGAAUCGCAACGGUACUCCUUCGAGUGGCAGCAGCUCCGAUUCCGGCGCGUCAACGGCGUCGGACAUUCCCAACAUUCGGCCAGCCCGGGACGAUACCGGAAACGUGUCGAUGGGCUUGGGGUGGGAUAUGAACACGACGAUGGCCACGGUGCUAAACCCGGGACGGAAAAGGAAGUGGCAGAGCAUCGGCGCAGGGCUCGAGCUGUAG